UACCAGUAGCAAACGUCCUAUGACGUCAGCCCCAUAGCGACGUUGUAAAAGCAAUAACGCCGAAAACGUCAAAAUAUCGAUCCAGGCAAUGAAUGAAUGUACGUUGUAUCCAUCAAACGAUACUCGUAUGUCAUAAUUCUUUCCAUAUGUGGAUACCUUACCAUAGCAAUGCUCAAGAAAAUAUUUCGACGUGGAAAGAAGACCAAACCUGUGAUUAGCACAGACUCCGCGCAGUCACUGGAAAUGUCACCAGCUCGAUUAUCGGGGGAAAAGUUAUUGUCAGAAUAUGAUCAGGAGGAGAGUGACUCAGAUUCAGCGUCCAUGAAAGUUCUUGGUGCUUCCACAGGAUCACGUUCUGGUAGCGAAAGCUCUAGUUAUGCGCGUUUGAAUGAAGAUGCUAGAGAGACCGAUGGCGAGUAUAAAAAUACUUGUCGCAAACUCAACAGUGCCAUGCAAAAGUUUAGAAGGAAAGAGGCAAAGAUAAAGAGGCGACAGAGAGACAUUGUCUGUAUGCACCGUGAACUCUGUGAACUGACUCGUUUGAUGCACCUGGCAAAUGUACAAGCAAUCUCCCUGGAACAAGCUGUAGACCACACCAAGAUGGAAAUGACCACUCUCUGCUCUCAAUUAGAUUACGAUUCUGAGGAAGACAUUCGCAAGAGAGAACCCCUUUGUUACAAAAAAUUCAAAAACGCUUCAACGAAAGCCGACACGGAAAAAGUUCUCAAUAUGAUCCGAGGCCGUCAGAAUGCGCUUCGUCACCUAGAAGUUCUCGCCUACAAGAAGCUACUGAUGUAUUCUAAUAACCUGAUCAACACCAGGAUAGAUGUCAAUGAGGCCUCAAACAAAGACAAAAAGAGUGCAGAAAAUAUGGCCUCAUUGCAAAGUCGACGGAAGCCCCCUACACCACCCAAACCUAAGGUUCGAAGCCCUAGCGGGCGAUUGAAUUCUCAACUUCAAAGCGCACAGACUUUGUUAAAUCAAUUAUUACAAAUGACAGGAACGCCCAACAAUGGGCCACAAAGUGUAACAGGGCCCGAAAUUAGUCCCAUUAACCACGUCAAUGUAGUGAGACCGCUUGGCGUAGCGGGCAGCGAUAAUGGCCCGCUCAGCGGAACGGGCAAUGAUAAUGGGCCGCUUAACGGAAUGGGCAAUGAUGAUGGGCCGUUGGCACUACAGGAAUCUGACGUCUGAUUGUAAAUUCUUCCAGAAACUACCUGUUAUGGCGUCUUUGUUGAUAAAAGAAA